UUAGUAGGCGUCAACCCCGGAAAGAUCAGUGUUUGGAGCUGUCGCUGCAGCCUGGUGUCAGGGAUGAGAGCCGGGCAGCACUACAGCCCUCUGUGGGAGGAACGUUCCGGCGCCCCCUUGUGGCAGGAGCGGGCUCUGAAACGCUCCAGCAUCCUGAGGAUGGCGCUGUCUGGAGAUGGGGACCCGGAGAAGGAGUCUAGGGAGCCCUUCCUACUGAGGGCUAUGAAGAUCGCCCUGGUGGUCACCCUCUACUGGUUCAUCUCCAUCACCAUGGUCUUCCUGAACAAGUACCUGCUGGACAGCCCCUCCCUGAAGCUGGACGCCCCCCUUUUUGUCACCUUCUACCAGUGCCUGGUCACCGUCCUCCUGUGUAAAGCGCUCAACCUGCUCUCCUUGGUCAUCCCCGGAGAGAUGAUGGAGUUCCCUUCCAUCCGCUUUGACCUCAAAGUCCUGCGGAGCAUCCUGCCCCUGUCCGUGGUCUUCAUCGGCAUGAUCACCUUCAACAACCUGUGCCUGAAGUACCUUGGCGUGGCCUUCUACACGGUGGGCAGGUGCCUCAGUACCGUCUUCAAUGUGCUCCUGUCCUACAUCCUGCUGAAGCAGACCACGUCUCUGUACGCCUUGCUGUCCUGCGGGGUCAUCCUAGGUGGCUUCUGGCUGGGCAUAGACCAGGAGGGCGCAGAAGGCACCUUAUCCUGGGCUGGCAUAUUCUUCGGCGUCCUGGCCAGCUUGUGCGUGUCGUUGAACGCCAUUUACACCAAAAAGGUCCUCCCGGCGGUGGACGGCAGCAUCUGGCGCCUGACCUUCUACAACAACGUGAACGCCUGCAUCCUCUUCUUUCCCCUCCUGCUGGUAUUCGGGGAGCUGAGCACCCUUAGUGCCUUUGAGCAUCUUUACUCCUCGCACUUCUGGUGCAUAAUGACUCUGGGAGGUAUUUUUGGCUUUGCUAUAGGCUACGUGACUGGACUUCAGAUUAAAUUCACCAGUCCCCUCACCCACAACAUCUCCGGCACCGCCAAGGCCUGCGCCCAAACUGUACUCGCCGUAUUUUACUACCAACAGACCAAGAGCUUCUUGUGGUGGACGAGCAAUGCGAUGGUGCUGGGGGGCUCCUUCAGCUAUACGUGGGUGAAGGGCCUGGAGAUGAAGAAGACGCAAGAUGAGAACGUGCAAACCAACAGCAACGAGGAGAAGAGUUCCUCGGGGGUGUAACGCCCAAUCAUGGGGACGAUGCACAAGGACACCUGCUGGACUGGUGUGUAUGGACCAUGGCGGUUCUUCCUUACCUAGAUGCCUCAUCCGUCGAUAGACCCACCGUCCUGGCCUGGAUUUCCGUAUGUGACGCGUACAGAUGGCCGAAUGAAGAGCAAUCCCAUGUUACGUCGAUUUCUAUGAUGGCCAUUGUGCAGGAUGUCUGUGUAUCCCACCGUGGGCUACACUGGUAUCCGAUAAAACAUAUGUAAAUCCACCAUUUCAUGGUUAUCUCUGGGGGGGUCACGACCAAUAUGGCCCCCCUGAGUUUUGCAUCCAGCUUUCCCAGGGUCCUGAAUGGUAUAUGCGGCGAGCAUGCCCCACUCCCUACAGAUUUGCUGAGUCCAAGAAAAGAUGGGUUAUACCUAAUAACGGCUGAAGGGGAAACGUGGUAUUACAAGGCGUCCCUUGAAAUAAAUGGCGGACCAUGUAGCGUAUGGUUUGCCAAAUUAUCCAAAGAGCUGACUGAAUAGAAUUGGAUCAUUCCACCUCCGGGGUUCAAAAAAAAAUAUGGCCACUCUCUUCCAAAAACAUCGCCACAGGUGGUGUGUGGUGUUACAGCUUGGCCACAUUCACUUGAAAUGAGAUAACGUGCAGUACCAGGUACAACCUAUGGACAGCUGUGGCGCUGUUUUUGUAAGAAAGCAGCCAUGUUUUUCGUAUCCUGGACACCCCUUUUAGGCCCUAUGCACACAGCUGUAUUUUUGGUCCGCAUCCUGCACAUGACACACUUUUUUAUUUUUUAUUUUUUUCGGAUCGGAUGCUGACCCAUUUAUUUCAAUGGGGGCUGCAAAACAUAUGGAUAGAGUGCCAUGUGCUGUCUGCAUCCGUAUGUCCGUCCCGGACAAGGAUAGGACGUUUCUACAGGACUUAAAAAUAAAAUGGCGGCAGGCUCUCGACUGGUAUCUUUGUUUUUGCAGAUCUGCAAUAUGCAGACUGCAAAAUGGAUACGGUUAUGUGCAGGGGCCCUUAAAGGGGUAUUCCGAUCUGAACAUUUAUGGCAUAUACAAGGGUGUGGCUCUCGCCUCUAGAACCCGCUCCUAUCUGGAAAACUGGGCCCCAUGGAGAGGUGUAUGCACGUGCGUGGCCCUCACCAUUCACUCCUAUGGGAAUUUGGGAGAAUGCCCAUCUACCUCUCCCUUUAUGGCAGUACCAGACGGGGCCCUGUUCUUAAAGUAGGUGCAGGGACCCACAGCUAUAAGACUUUUCUAGGUUAUCCAGUCAGUGUUGUCAUGGGACCACAGGGCCAGUCAUUUAGCUUUGCCGGAAAUAGUUUAUUAAAAUAUUUUUUACAACUCGACAAAAAUUUUUAUGAAGUAUAAUUGCAGGGGAUUUUAGAAUUUUUAUCGACUGGACAGAAGAGGAGGACGUGCCUUUUCGAGUGCUGUUACAUAGGAAACUGUGGCCUGUGGUACCGGGUGAAGUCAAUCAUCUGUAUUAUGUUUACAAUCUUCUACAGCGUACUGCUGAUCGUAGCUAUGAUUUCCUAAAAUCAAACAGAAAAAACUUUAUUACCUUUUGUAACUAAAUAUCUGCCCUUUGACUUGCUCCUCUUUGUACAAAACUUUAUUUGUUCUUUUUGUGAGUGACUAUUAUCAGGGGGACAUCUAUGGGCAUCCUCUAUCAACCAAUCAGAUUCCAGCUUUCAUUUUUGCAGAGCAGCUUUCAGCAUGAAAGCUGUGAUCUGAUUGGUUGCUGUGGGCAAACCCUGACUUCUGUUAAACUAGUGUGUCCUUGAUGCCCUUAGCAACCAAUCAGAAUUGAGGUUUCUUCCUUUCAGGGUAAAAAAUAAAAUGGUACCUGAUCUCUGAUUGGUUGCAAUGGCCCACAAGGCUAUUUUCUGCCUGGCCUAACAUGGCAGAUUUUUAGUGACUGCUUUUUCAGAGGGGUUGCCCGAUGAAGACAACUUAUCACCUAUCCACAAGAUAAGGGGAUAAGUGUCUGACCCCUGGGGCCCCUGACAUUCACAAGAAUCAGGGCCCAUGUGCACUGCCACUCUAUUCCGCUCUAUGGGGCUGCCGGUGAUACCUAAGCAAUUGUGUGUCUGCCACUCCAUUCAAGUAGGGAGCACGGGCCCCCAUUCUUGUAAAUGGCAGGGGCCCCAGCAGUCAGACCCCCAACAAUCAGACACACGUUGUCUUAAUGGGGCAACCCCUUUAAGGAGGUAUUCCCGUUUUAUGAAGCGCUGGCAUGUCACUACAAUAUGAUCGGUGGGGGUCUGACCUCUGGGACCCCCACCAGUCCUGAGAAUGCAGGGGCCACCAAGCUGGUGUAGUUACUGUUUUUUUCCUGCACGGCUGGCGGUUAGGGUGCUGUGCAUGAAAAAAAACUGAAGGGGACCCAAGCGCUACACCAUCUCUGUGGCCCCGUCAUUGUCAGAAUUUGGGGGGGUCCCAAAGGUCGGACCCCCACUAAUCAUGUGACUACAUACCCUAGCAAUUUGCAAAGACCUCUAGGACCCGUUGAUAAAUCUGCAUCACGUCCUGAGAUUUGGAGCUCGUGUUUUGCAGCGAGAUGAGUGACGUGGAUGAGGAGGUCGUACGUCAGCUCUCCUGUAUGAGGCUGUUAUUAUUUAUGGCAGUUGUUAAAUCUUUUAUAAUAUGUAAUAAAAUCCUGUCAUUUGGA